AGUGUGAAUUUUAAACAUUAACGUUGUUGCGAAUAGCGGAGAUAAGCAGAGAAUGAUAAUUACAAAGUAAAAAAAAAAGAAAUCAAUAAAUAAAUUUAAAGCAACUGAAAAACUUGCUUUUAUUCUGUUACCAAAUAUGUAAACAUUUUAAAGUCCUUUGUGCGAAUUGGACGCUGUUUCCGGCCCACAAACUUGUUGAUUAACAACCAAUUUAUUAUGGUCCAAGGGUGCUCAAUAUUUCAGAAAGUUAAAUAAUGUUUAAGAAAAAACAAAAAAAUAUAUUUUUUUAUAUAAUUUAAAAAUGAAUUUAAAAACUAUUAAACAAUUAAUUUCUUUAACUAUUCAAAAUUAAUAAAAGUGAAGCGAACUUAUUAACCGCGUUAACUAGCAAUUGAAAGUAUUUCCAGAAUCUCGAUAUCAGUUUAAGCGACAUCGCUCACUCACAUGCGUAGUCGAAAGUAUUCGUUUAAGCAUAGAUUUUAGGUAAAUAUUCCUAAAGCGUAUAUUACUUAAAUGUUUCAAAACAAAAAUAAAUAACAUUAAGGAAAAAGUAAAGCAUAAAUGUAAAAAAAAAAAACAACACUAAAUUAAAUUUUUCGGAAAAAUCCAAUAAAAACAAAAUUACAAAAAUGUUAAUACUUUUUCGGCAAAUUCCUGCAGUUACAUAUAUAUUCUUUCUAUUUUUGUUACCGACUUCAAUUGAAACUUGGAGCAAUUUGACAUCCUCCUCAUCGUCAUUAGAAGAUGCCUUAAAUUUGAAUCUAUGGCUAACAGUAAGUGCAGAAAAACGCUUUCUAGAGGUCUCUUGGGAAAACGCUCCCGCCCGGGAAGAUGAAUGGAUCAUGUUAACAGCCAACGAGCCGAUUAGCUUCGAAAGCAUAGAUAUACAAAUUUUCCCAAAGCGAAAUGAGAAAAAUAUAAAAGAAAAUACAUUUGAGGAUGCCAUAGAAGGUAGCGGUUAUGAAAUUGAAAACAGUUCCGAGACAACGAGAAAAGGAUUAUCUUUGAUUGAGAGGGAUACGUAUUGGAUUUCAAAUAAAGGUCUCAAUCCCAUUCUGUUCGCUUUAAAGCCGGCAGCAGCGAAACAAUGGUUUACUACGGGCGUGUACUUUGAUCGUGGGCUACUUCGAAACGUUACAAUUCGUACUUCAUGUUAUGGCUAUUGGGCCAGUUAUAUUACAGCAGAUGGUCAAAUUUUAAAAACUGCCUGUUUACGUGCCUAUCCCACAUGGAUGAACGAUUUGCGUUCAUAUAUAGGCGGAUUACGUAUACGAGAUCUUUUCGUACCGGGCACACAUGAUUCGGGAUCGUAUCGCAUCAAUUUCGAUCCGUUAAUUAAGGAAACAGUUGUCACCAAAUAUGCUUUGGCUCAGGAUGAAGAUGUGCAUAGUCAAUUAAUGCAUGGCAUACGAUAUUUGGACAUACGGAUAGGUUAUUAUCGCAAUUUAAUUCAUACGUUCUACAUUAAUCACGGUAUAACCCGACAAAUGCCGUUAAUCGAUGUCAUUAAUCAAGUUAAGGAUUUUGUGCAGGAAACAAAUGAAAUCGUUAUAUUUGGUAUCAAGGAAUUUCCAAUUGGUUUUGGACGCAAUCUAACAGUCCAUCAUAUAUUGGUAGAAUACCUCAAAGAACAUUUUGGUGAUUUUGUAGUUCAUCCUUCGGCUACCUGGCGUGCCUCACUCAAUGAUAUUUGGCAUAGAAAACAAAAUGUUAUAUUAGCCUACGAUAAAGCCUCAAUAGUAAUGCAAUAUCCCCAUUUGUUAUUCGGAUCGGUGGAACAGCGUUGGGGUAACGUGCAAACUUGGCAGGAAUUGGAGAACUUUUUAAAAUUUAUCAAUUCAUUUGAUGUUGCACGCCUUUCCAGUCGCCCCGUAGCCGAUAUGGCUGAAUUAACACCUCAAGCUUGGGGAGUGAUUGUCAACAAGUACGGUGGUCUACGUAAAAUGGCUGAUAGAGUUAACUGGCGAAUUAGUCGGCUUUAUCGCGAUUAUUUGGGAGCUAAUGCAAAUAUAGUAGCUGUCGAUUUUUAUCGCGGUACAACUUUAGUAGAUUUAGCCUUAGAAUGGAAUAAAAAGAGGACUAACAAAAAACUAAAUUGAAAUUACAUUUUUGCAAUAAUUAUUUCAAUUGUAAAGAGAGUAAACAAAACUGUACCGUACAAAACAAA